CCCCCCUCUCUCUCUCUAUCUUGUGUUGGUUUGCGUCAGGUUUGAUCUGUGUCCUGAGUUCUGAGACGAAACAAAAACAAUAAAAAAAUUGAGAACCCAAUUCAAUCAAGCCCUCUCUCUCUCUCUCCACUGUAUAAGUGUCCAGAGUCCAGAGGUUGUACAGAAAGUCGUGUGCUCGGAUCCCAAUACAGGGUCUCUGGUGAGAUCGCCAAUAACGAGAAAACUGCCUGCUUUUUCUCCCCACUCACGCUCAAGUAUAAAGGGCUGUGGUCCUUCAAACCCAUCUUUCCUUUUAGCUUUCGUAAUAAUAUUUUCUCAGUCCCUUCCAACCCUUUUUCCUUCUCCCUUUGUUUCCCUUUCAGCUGUUGCAUUACACAGCUUUUGUACAAAGAAAAGCUCCAUACUCCCCAUACACAGCAGAUUGCUGGGUUUGAGCUUGGGCUUCUACUAAUGCAACAACCGGGUUUAGGAAUGUUGGGUCAUGGGGUUGGUGGUGGAAGCAUUGGUGGGUUACACGACGACGUUUCUGUGUCGGUCUCGGUAGCUGUUCCCGCCGAUCAACAGCGGCAGCUCAAGGCCGAGAUCGCUACACAUCCUCUCUAUGAGCAGCUAUUAGCCGCUCAUGUCGGGUGUCUCCGCGUUGCUACACCAAUCGAUCACUUACCUCUCAUCGAUGCACAGCUCGCUCAGUCUCACCAUAUCCUUCGAUCCUAUGCUUCCCGACAUCAACAGCAACACCAUGUCCUCUCUCCCCACGAGAGACAGGAGCUUGACAACUUCUUGGCUCAAUAUUUGUUAGUUUUGUGUUCAUUCAAAGAACAGCUCCAAAACCAUGUUCGGGUCCAUGCCGUCGAAGCUGUUAUGGCUUGCCGUGAAAUAGAACAGUCCUUCCAAGCUCUCACCGGAGUAACUCUUGGGGAAGGAACAGGUGCUACAAUGUCCGAUGAUGAAGAUGAACUACAGAUGGAUUCUGCAUUAGAUCAACCAGGUUCUGAUGGGCAUGACAUGAUGUCAUUUGGUCCACUGCUUCCAACUGAAUCUGAAAGAUCUCUGAUGGAGAGGGUUAGGCAGGAGUUGAAGAUAGAGCUGAAGCAGGGCUUUAGGUCAAGAAUUGAAGAUGUAAGAGAGGAAAUCUUAAGAAAAAGAAGGGCAGGGAAAUUGCCUGGUGAUACAACUACGAUCUUGAAAAAUUGGUGGCAACAACACUCAAAGUGGCCCUACCCUACAGAAGAUGAUAAGGCCAAACUUGUGGAGGAGACAGGCUUACAGCUAAAACAAAUUAACAAUUGGUUCAUCAACCAAAGAAAACGGAAUUGGCACAGCAAUUCUCAAUCAGUGACAACUUUAAAAUCCAAGCGCAAAAGGUAGACACAUUGAUCUCAUUUGUUGCAAAAGAUGAGCCGUAAGUGAAAAUACUUUAUGGAGAUAAUGUCUUCUAUGUAAGUUCAAAAUUAGUUGGUUCUAGUCAAACAUCUCUGACAAAAGGGAAAGAAGUCUUAGCAGAGUAGCAGUUAGGUAACUUUUGAAUUCAAGUAUGUAAUAUAAGCAGUUGAUGAUGCACCAUUCAUAUAGGUGCAGGUUUUUGUUUCACUAUCACGUUUUCAUAACCAGAUCUUUGUCAACACAUUCUUUUACCA